CGGCGGCGGCGGCGGCGGCGUGGUGCAGUUGGAGGACUCUGGCGGAGCUCGAGGCGGUGGCGCCAUGGAGUCACUGGAAGAAAAUGGAAGUGUCCAAGUUGGAGAAUUGUUACCUUGCAGGAUUUGUGGAAGAACAUUCUUUCCAGUGGCAUUAAAAAAACAUGGACCUAUUUGCCAGAAAACUGCCACUAAAAAACGGAAGACGUUUGAUUCAAGCAGACAAAGAGCUGAAGGAACUGAUAUUCCAACAGUAAAACCUCUUAAACCUAGGCCCGAACCACCAAAGAAGCCAUCUAACUGGAGGAGGAAGCAUGAAGAGUUCAUAGCCACCAUAAGAGCAGCUAAAGGCCUUGGUCAGGCCCUUAAAGAGGGUGGCAGACUUCCUCCCCCUCCUCCACCUUCUUAUGAUCCUGAUUAUAUUCAGUGUCCAUAUUGCCAGAGGAGAUUUAAUGAAAAUGCAGCUGAUAGACAUAUAAAUUUCUGUAAAGAACAGGCAGCACGUAUUAGUAAUAAAGGCAAAUUUUCUACUGAUACCAAAGGAAAAUCGACUUCUCGGACACAGUAUAAGCCUCCUGCACUUAAAAAGUCCAAUUCUCCUGGAGCCACCUCAUCAGGAUCUUCACGAUUACCACAGCCAAGUGGCACUAGCAAAACUGUUGUAGGUGUUCCUUCAGGUAAAGUGUCUUCAGUUAGCAGCUCUUUGGGAAGCAAACUUCAGACCUUGUCUCCCUCCCAUAAAGGGAUAGCAGUCCCUCAUGUAGGAGCUAACAUCAAACCUCGAAAUUCCACACCACCUAGUUUGGCUAGAAAUCCUGCCUCAAGUAUGCUUGCAAGCAAAAGAAAAACAUAUACUGAGAGCUACAUGGCCAGGCCAGAUGGAGACUAUGUCUCUUCACUUAAUGGUGGAAACGUUAAAGGCAUUGAAGGAAACUCAGUGGGACACUUAACAAAAUUCUGCCAUGAGUGUGGGACUAAAUACCCUGUAGAAUGGGCAAAGUUCUGCUGCGAAUGUGGCGUUCGAAGAAUGGUUCUGUGAACAGAAUCCAAACAGGAAAAGAGCUAAGUCCAGAAUUUUAUGACUGUUGCUGCUUGGACAUCUAGAGCACUUCCUCUAGUGAUCUUGUGCUAAAAUCAUUCAUAAUACUUUUUUCAACAGUUUUUGGAGCAUAAUCCUUUGGCUGUGUAAUGUGUGUGUGUAUAUAUGUGUGUGUACAUAUACUGUAUAUAAUAAAUACCUGACAACCUAAACUGUGCCAUACAAGGAGAUGUUCACUUAUCAGUCAGAAAAUAAUUUCAAGUGGAAUCAUUAACUUAGGUAUUACUUUUCUGUUGUUCUUAAAGCACAUUAAGCAUACCUCCACCAACUCUCAAACACUAGUGCUUAGCCCUUAAGUUUUAGGAUGAUCAUUACUUUGAGCAGAAAAUCAGAAUAAACAUUUUUAUUAUUGGUGCCUAUUUUCAGAUAGUAUCAUUUAGGAUGGGAUGCUUGGAAUUUUGGAACUGAAGAGAAUAUUUUUAGUUACACUUAGUUAUGUGAGGUCAUUUUUCUGUAGAGUUCUUUAAUUAUUCAUUUUAUAAAUAUUUUUUAGAAGGAGAGGGGAAAAAACCCCCUAUGGUCUCUGUUGCCCUUUACUCGGUGUAUUAUUGAUUAUAUAAUUUAGAGAUCUUUGCUCAGUUCUUUAAAAUGCAAUUAUGCAAUUUUUUUUUUGGAGAUACAAGGCUGAAAAUACAGAUGUAUCUUAUUCUAGUUAUAGCUGAAUGAUUUUUUAACUGUGUAUUAGUUGAACAUAUAUUCUUUCUACUGCUAAUUGUCUUCACAUUUCACUUUUUUCCUUUCUUUUCCAUAAACUCAUGUCUGAACAGUAAUUUUAAUUUGCUACUUCAUUUUUGCAAAGUUUGCAUAUUAAUUAUUUAAUAGAAGAUGCAAAAAACUCCUUGCAAAAUCUUGCAUUUAUAUCUAUGUACUUGAUUUAGAAGAAAUCAUAUUAAUGGAUUUUAAAACAAACCAUCUCACCUAAUAGACAGUAACUUCAAUAAUUAAUCAUUAGUGCAGGGCAUGCAGGUUUAAAAGGAUUUGAAUUUUAGUCACUUGAAGUAUAGUUAUAUGUAGUUAUGGGUAGGUUAAGAGAACAUCUAAUUUUUCCUACUCAUAUUUCCUUUCUAGUGUUAAGCACUGAAUCACCAUUCACAUCACAAUAAAAAGCCACUGAAAAUGCAUUGCUUUAAUGGAUAGCUGAUUUAUUAUGUAAUUAAACAUUCACAAAAAUGUAAUUAUAUUCCUCUUUAACUUUGACUAAAAUACCGCUUUUAGUCAUUGUCGCUUUCAGUGUAAUUAGUAUUUAGUAGUAGACAUUUUUGAUUGCUUGUGCAGCCAUAUUCAGUAAUUCAGUAGUAGUUUCUGUCAAAUCAAACCUAACAGAGCCUUGAUCUUAUUAUAAAGGUACAAGCAGAUCUGUUAUAGGUAGUUUCUAACUUCUUAUUUAUGAUUCUGAUCAAUUGUAAGGAUCGUUGUAGAAAUUUGUGGCUUAUAACUUUCUCUGAAAUUUAUUUAUACAUAUACUUUAUAAUUUUAUUCAUUAGUUUUUUUGUUUUGGGUUAUCCAGUGGAUAACUUAGUAGGAAUGGGAAUUAUUUACCUUAUAGUUUCUUUCCUUUCCAUUAAUUUUUUUUCUGGUUGCCUUUAUUCAGUUAUAUUGGUCAAAAGGAAGGGUCAAAAGUCAAAAAAAAUAUUACAGCUUAUUCCAUCAACUAGAAUAAGCUGUAAUAAAUUUAGGAGAAUAAUGUACAUAUUAGGAUUCCAUUUCAAUAGUUUGUUCUUCUGUUCUAAUUAUCAUAAAUCAUAUGAAGAAGAACUUCAAACUCUUGUCUUGAUCUAGAAUUGAGCACUGUCUUCUUUCAACUAUGUUUUUAAAGAUCACAUUUUUUGUCUGCCCAAGGAAAGGAUAGGUGAAUGAGCUUAAAGUGGCACAUGUUUGUUUCUCACUGAAUUUUACUGUGGCAAGUAAAUGUUAUAAUGUGCUACAUGGAAAUGGGUUGGUAAGAAAUCAUCUAAUUCCAGAACCCAGAGAUUAUUAUAAACAGUAAGUAGGUGAAAUAUAUUUAUGAAUUAUGAACCAUGAUGCAAUGUAUUUAAAUGAAUUUUUAUAUUACUUGCAUAUAUUAUUCUCAUGUUGAUUUGUUGUGCAAUAGUUCAGUUUUUAAGAAAUUUUCCUUGAUCUAUGCAUCACUUAUUUUAUUUUUAUUUAUUUUCACAAGUAUUUUCCAUUGUGGUAGGAUAAAAAUAUGACUGUAAGCAUAAAUUAAAAAUGUAAAAAUUGCUUAUGUAAUAUUCUGAAAGUUAUUAGCUUGGAAAAGUAAGAUUAUUAUGGCUGUUGUCUCUUGUUCACUGUUUUUUAAUUACAAAUAAUGUCUUCAUUUUUGAACCUAUUCAAUAAAGACAUGAAGCAAAAAA